AUGUCCUCGCCGAAAGUGUUCGUCUGCGGCGCAACCGGCAACCAAGGAGGCGCCCUCAUUCAAAAUUUACUUGAUCAUCAUGUUGAGAUCCAUGCGAUCACCCGCAACCUCGAAUCCGAUCCCGCCAAGAAUCUUCUUUCUCUCGGCAUUUCUCUUGCCGAAGGAGACUUCGAUAAUGAAGAACGCCUCAAGCAAAGUAUGAUCGGCUGCACAAGUCUCUUCCUCAACCUGAGUGUCAACCACACCAACCCCACGGGAGAACUCGAGCAAGCUCAGCGACUUCUCUCUCUGGCCAAGCAAGUCGGCAUCCAGCAAGUCGUCUACACCAGUUCCAUGGCCACCAUGGAUCCUACACGUCUGACGCACUGGGAUCCCAACAGUCUUGUGGCUACGGUACUCCUCAGCAAGCAAGCCAUUGAAAACGAAGUUCGAAACGCAGGUUUCAAGCAGUGGGUAAUCUUGCGACCGGGCAACUUCAUGUCAAACUUUCUCAAUCCCCUGGUUCGGAUGUACCAAGGCCUCGUGGAAACGGGCACAUUCACUACCGCCUUUGCUCAGGACACUGUUCUGCCUAUGGUCGACCCAAAUGACACCGGAAAAUUCGCUGCUGCGGCUGUCCUGGACCCUGCCAGAUUCAAUCAGAAGGAAAUCGAGAUCGCAUCGCAGAUGAUGGGAUUGGAGGAUGUGAUGCGGGAUCUAUCGGAAGCAACUGGAAAGGAUUUGAAGAUCAGUUUCAUGUCGGAUGAGGAAGCCAAAGAAAAAGCAGCACAGAAUCCUCUACUCGGCGCUCAGUUGGCAAUUCGCAAUCUGUCGCUGUUUGUGGACAUAGAGGAUACCAAGUCUUGGGGGAUUGAGCUGGGAAGUUUUGCCCAGUUCUUGAAGCGGGAGAAGGCGCGCGUGGAUGCUACCUACAUGUAA